ACGGAUUUCACAACCUCACUGGCCUUCCCUGGUGGCUGUCAAUAGUUGCUUCAACUGUUGUCAUUCGAUUGGCAAUGCUUCCUUUUUCAAUUUUGCAAAUCAUAAAGACCAUUAAGAUUUUGAAGAUGCGAUCCAAAUAUGAAAGAAGACCAGGGCAAGACAAGGACGACCUUCUCCGGUCCAACAUCAUCAGGGACGACCUCUUCCAGUCCAGCAUUCGAAGGGAAGAUGCCUGUUUUGUUUUCUUCAAUGUUCGCAGUUCAGUGGAUGUGUGUGAACCUUCACCCUGGCUUUGAUAGUGGGGGCGCAAUGUGGUUUGUUGAUCUUACCGAGCAUAUACAUGGUCCUUUGGGUGUUCUUUUUCCAAUUUCUAUGGCAGCAGAUUUUUUACUUAAUGCGCAGCUAUCAUUGGCAGUGUUGAAAGUUGUAAAUAUUUCUGGAUCAUUCCGUGUCAUCAGAAAGUCGUACAAGUCAUAUUUGCAGGGUUUGACAGUGCUAGGCUUCAUACUUGGGUUCUUUAUGCCAAAAGGUGUUCUCAUUUUCAUGUUAUCCAACCUCACCUUCUCAACUAUGCAGAUAUUGCUCCUUAAGUAUCUUUACCACUUCUUGAUGUCACGUCUUAAUCCCUCAGCUGACCUGCUUAAGGCUGCAGCUCAACAUGAAGCUGAGGGUCAUCUGGAAAGUGCUUUGCAAGUACUGAGAGAAGCCAUAGAAAAGGAUCCAGAAAGUUCAGAACCCUAUAUUGCAAUGGGUGCAGUUCAAUUUAAGAAAAAGUUAUGUGAUGAAGCUGUCAAUCAAUAUGAGCUUGCUAUUUCCAAGGCUACAAAUGAUGAUGUUUUGGUUGCUGUACAUCUAUAUGCCGGGUUUGUACUACUAUCUCAGGAAAAGAGGGUGGAAGCAAUAGCACAUUUAAGAAAAAUCACAGCAUUUGAAGAGCCAGUGGACCUUAAGUCUAAAUCUCUUUAUUAUCAAGGAUUGUUCCUUUUAGCCAGCACUUUAUUUAAUGAUGGCAAAAAAGAUGAAGCUGCUCAGUAUUUACGAAUAGCUGCAAAGUAUGAUCCUUCGAUGAACAUUUAUUUGCAAGAAUGUGAAGAAACUAAGGACAUUGAACCAGGUCGAUAACUGCCCUUUGAUGGUACUACAUUUGUACAGGAAUCAACUCACUUACCUUUUGGAUCUGGUCAUGGAUUCUUUGAUAUUCAAUGAUAUUAGGAGUGUUUACCUAACAGAAUAUAUGAUAUUUUCCACCUCCAAUUUCACUCAUCAUAAAAUCUAUGAUGUUUGAGGUCCAUGACCAUCUUUGAAUAUGUCAUAUCCCAGUCUUAGUACAUAAUCGCUGCAUUAAAUAAUUAACACAUAGGCAAUUAAUUAUGCCAGGCCGACCCAGUAUUGAUAAUAAGCAUUGACAAAAAUUAUUUAUAGUGGGGCCGACCUCAAUAGUAAUUAAAAUAGGCUAUUUUAAAGAGGGCCGAUCCAAACUAAUUUAAGAGCAAUUUUUAUUGAUAAUAAUCUAUUUAAAAAAGGCCGACUCAGAUGGUGCUCAAGAGGUGUCACUCUUGCCAAAUAAGAGUUAUAAAAAGAAGGAUCUAGCCAUCCAAAAAGGAGGCAAAAAAUGGGAAAAAGGAUAUGAUCUGAAUAUAUAUUAAAAAUCAGCAAAUCAGAAGAAAAAUGCAAAAAUCGAAUAGGGUAAGCAUUGGUUUGAAAUCAGGUAUCAAGCCCAAAAAGGAGCAGGUUCUGAUUUUCAUAUAUAGACAACCAAAUAUUAGUGAGUCUCUGUGUGGAGAUCAAGGGCAUCGAAUCAGAAUAACGUGUAUAUCUACCGAAGCUGAAAAUCAGUAAUUAAGAAGGGAUUGUCAAAAGUAUCAGAAAUAUAAGACAGUCUGAUCUGAAAAAAGGGAUCAAGAAAUUGGAGAAGCAGCAAGAUCCAAUCAGACAAUAGCAACCUUACAUGUAAUCUACACACGUCUUAAAACAGUUAGAUCAAAUCAUGCACAAUCCUAUACAGUGAUCUGGUAUCCUAAUUACCUUUCUGGUAUGCAACAUGAUAAUGUUUCUAUACAUAAUUAUUACAUAUCAAUAUAUGCAAUAAUAAGUAUGCAACAUGAUAAUAUAUUUACAUAACCUUUCAUAUAUUAGAUAUAGGCAAUAAUAUAUAAUAUCUAGUCUAUUGCUGCAAUCAAUCAUGACAAGGUUGGUAAGGGAGUGUAAGGAGGGAGAGCAGAUACGGAACCUCCUUCUAAAUAGGCCACUCCAUGCUGGAUGCCCAAUGUGCUUGCCACUUGGGGCCAAGGGGUGAAAAGUCACGCUCUUGGGCUUAGAUGAGAUGUUUUGGGUGCCCUAUUGCAGCUUCCUCUCCAACCUAUGCGUUGAUUGAUGGAGGACACACUUAUAUGUGGGUUAAUGAAGUAGCACGGAUUGGGAAGGCAAAAACAGGCUCACUUACUACUUAGACCAUCCCAUGUUGUAGGUCCAAUGUGCCUACCACUUGUGGCCAAGGAGUGCAAACCUUGGGCUGAGAUGAGGGAUGUUUUGGGCGUCAUAUUGUGUUUCCUUAUUCAACCAUCCAAUAUGAUUGAUUACUAUAUUUGUAUGUUGCCUAUUCAUUAAGUUCAAUAUAUUCUACUGUUAUCACAAAUGACCACUAAUGCAAUUGAUUGUAUACGCAAUUAUUUGUUAUUUAACAAACCCUAACCCUAAUAAAAUAAAUAGGUCACAAUUAUAUUUCAUAAUUUCUUUGGAUCAAUACCAACCUCCCCUCACCUCUUGUUCUCCUAUUUUUCCUCUAUUCCUCUUUCUCAAUUUCUUUUGUGGAGUAGAUAGCCAUACAUCUCUCUCUAGGUGAUUAGAUUACAAUUUUAUGAUAUGACUAUAUAUAUUAUGCAGUCUCACCUUGAAUUGAAUUUCUCUUGCAUUUCAUUUUCUUUGAGGCAAAUUCUAAUUUCCAUUUUCUAUAUUGGUAGUUUGUUAUUAUUUGCAUAUUAUGAGUAUGGGUAGUUUUCUAUGGUUGCUUUGCAAAAUCAAUUACAAGAAUAAAGAAUAAAAAUACAUAUGAAUACCAAUCUCUCUUAUGGAAAAAUGUAUUCUUGAUAUUUCAUAAUUCUGUAUGUGUUACUAUACUUUAGUAGGCUUAUUUCUCCUCGAGUAUCAUAAAUUAGCUAAGUGGGGGGAAAUGUAAGAACAAAAAUUGUACAUCGUGCAAUUCAUUUUUAACAGCAUAAAGGAGCAUAAGAUAUCAAAGUGCAUUAUGUUGCCUUGUGAAGAAGCCUUGCACAUAUUUUGACAACAAUUCAAAUUCCACAAGAAUGAAGUCAUACAUAUUUAUUUGCAAGACAUAAUUAUUGCCAUUGAAAUUCCAUUGGUGGAACUAAUGCAUCCAAUCUACAGAUAACAUAGAAACAAAUACAUAACUACUAGUCCAAACUAAAGUAGAAACUCCAUAAAUUGAGACAUCUUCCUCUGUCCCAGUACUUAAACAAAUCUCUCUUAGUCAUGAACAAUUGAUAAACAAAUAUAGCUUUAACUCUCCUUUGAAUUUAGGUACAUCUACUCUUCUCUUCAUUCCUUUUCUAGUCUUAACAUCAAUCAACUUCUCCAUAGGAUUUUAAAAUAGAAUGAAAAAUCCUUGCAUUUCAAGUUCAUCCUCAUAAUCUUUAGGUUGCAAUAUAGCCUCUAAAGAUUUUUUUAUUCAUAACAAUUUUUCACCAAGUGCCCUCUAGUUUAUAACAUUUCUUCUCCUCCUACUCCAUUGCAUUUUGAUACCUCUUUAUUUCAUCCAUCUAACCUACACUUGAGAUACUUUGAUAUCAAUCUAAUAUAAACAUGGGGGAAAAUGUAUACACAAAACUUAUAAUUUAGGGUCUUUUAGUUUAAGUUCUAGCAUUCUACAAAAGAAAGAAGAACAAAGAUAGGAACAUCCAUGUCAUCAAUGUUGGGAAUGGAGAUAAAGAAGUGUGUUUGUAAGAAAUGUAAAUAUUUAGGAGAAUUUGAAAGACCAACACUACAAUUUAAAUAGUGGAUAAUAAAAAAUGGAACUAGGAGAGAAGUCCACAAGAGUAAUUAAGGAAGAAUAUAGUAAUUUGGAAUACAAAGGUGUUGAGGAUUAUGUUUAAGGUGUGAACUUCUUCAUGAAAUGAUAUUUUCUAACAAAUGGAAAUGCAUUAAAAUGAUGCAUAUUCGAUUGGAUGUAACUAUAAUAUGAGAGAUCAAAGGAUGCAGACACACCUAGCUUGUAUCACAUCUACAUUUUAUUCACCCAAUGCUAUAACAAAAAAUAAUUGUUAGUUAAUAAAAGAUCAAGAGAUACAUAGGGAUGCCCUGUGUCUAAGCAUACAUUAAUUUCCUUUAUCCUGUGUGUACAUUCUUUUUAAUAUAUAAUAUUUAACAUGUACUAUUUAACGCAUUUAUGUAACAUGCAUUAUUUUUAGGACUCAACACAUCCAUCGGAGUAGGAUUCUCACUCAAAGGUCACUCCACACAUAGCCAACAUGAUGGCUCCACCACUUAGAGGCAUUUGUGUCCACCUUUCUAGACAUUUGUAGACAUUUCCAUAUGUUUGAUGAUAUGUACAUUUAUUUGUGUUUAAUGAUAUAUUUCUAGUACUUGAUUACAUGUUUGACAUGAUACGUUUAUAUGUCAUCCGUAUACAUUUCUAGCUAGACCUGUGUUUGCACAUUGUUAGAUGAUCUACAUGUCUAUGGACAUUUAUGUUUGAGAUCAUAUAUUUCUCAACUUGAGCUUACAUGUUUAAUGACAUGUUUAUUCGAGACGUGCAUGUGUACAUGUAUACAUUUGUACAUCAAGAUAUGUUUGCAUAUUUGACACAUGAUUUGCAUUUAUGGACAUUUAUACAUUUGAUAUAUAUAUCAUACAAAUUUGUGUA